AUGGACGAGGUGACUAAGGAUGCGGAGGACGACUGUGUGGAUUCCGUCAGUUUUUGGAGACAUUUGCAGCUGUUGCUAUGGAAGAAUUACACUCAGAAGAAGAGAAGUCCUAUUACAGUUUUAUUUGAAUUGUUCAUACCACUUAUUAUAUUUAUUGUUUUGAGCGUAGUCCGAAGUACGCAGCAAGAGGUGCCAAGACCGUCAGAAUAUGGCCAAGGUGUGGCUCUUCCAUCAGCUGGAUUAAUCCCAGUUUUACAGUAUUUUUGUCCACCUGUCAGCAGCGAUCCGUAUGGUAUUCCAGAUUAUUCAAAUUCAAAAGUGCCUCAACUUUUAGAAUUUAUUCAUUACAUUUCAAACUCAAAUGAUUCCUUGCUUGAUGCCAAAAAUGUGGAGUCUGUCAUCACAGAAAUUCGGGAGAAUAUGAAGGCCAUCGACACGCAACAUAUGUCAGAUCAUCUGUCUUCUGACCCAAGUAUUCUGAAACAGAUGUUAACUGACCCUGAUACUAAGAUAGACAUCACCUCAAAUCCUGCAAUGCAAAAAGUACUCUCCAAUGCACAUUAUUUACAAACGUUAGAAGAGCAGCUCGACUGGAUUAAACCUAUAUCUGAACACCUAGACAUCUUCAUUACAGACAGCAAUGUUUGUAAUUCUCAGAAUACAGCCUUUAAAUCGCCAUUGAAUCAUACAGUGACCAAACAGAUGUUUAUUGAACAGAGUAUCAGACAGCCAACCAAGCCGGUAGAGUUGUUAUUUAAAGCCUGGAAUGUCUUUCAAAUGGUGCUAUGCGGUGUCAACGUAACUGAAAAUAAUUAUGAAGAAUAUCAGGGAAACUGGAGUAAUAUUAACACUAAACUGUCAGAAAAUCUUUUUUCCCAUUUGCAGCCACUGUCAUCCAUUCUGUUGGGCAAAGCUCGAAUAGCUUACGCUCCAAAUACAACAGAUGUCAAUGAUGUCAUUAAAAUGACAAGUUCAUAUUUCCAUUCUUUUAAACGGUUGUCUGUACUGGCUGAUAAGUGGUUGAACAUUUCCCGCCCUGUGGUGGACUUUAUGGAAGAAAACUCAACGCAAGAUCUCUAUAGGCUACUUCAGCAGGUACAAACAAUUUUGCAAAACACUUCUGGUGUGAACUUCACGAGAGAUGAACAGUUGAUAAUCAGUACUUCAUUGCCAGAUUUGGAUAAAAUUAGACACAUCAUGGAGUUAUUGGAUACUGUAGCAUGUUUUGUGAAUUCUUUAUCAUCUCACCUUGAUGUUGAUGUCUUCCAUCCUUUAUCUAAUGAACAAUCGUUUUUGAACUACACUAAUGAUGUCAGAGGGCAAAGCAGUAGGAUGGUCAUUGCAGGUCUUGUAUUUGAUGUUGAUGACUCCGGAAAACUUCCUUCUCAUGUGAAGUACAAGCUGAAAAUGAACACGACAAAUUUCAGUCGAUCAAGCGAAACUUUUAAAAUUGAAGAAAAAACCUGGACGCAAUUGCACGUACAUCCAGUUAUGAUGUUUGGUCUAGAUCUGAAUGACACUACCUUGGGUGACCUUCCGAAGUUGAUUAUCGAUAGAAUGGAAUUGAACUUGACCCAAGAUGGACCCCUAGGAAAAAUCAUAGUCAGAACUUUAAAACUUCUGGACUAUCUGAACUCAAAACUCGGUUUAAUGAUAUUUCCAUGGUUACAGGACUUGGUAGAUCGCGCUAUAAUAGAGAAGAAAGUUGGACACAAUAUCACCGAGCCAGGAAACUAUAUACAGGAAUUUCCCUAUCCAUGUCAUGUAAAUGAUCCAUUUCUGCACAAAAUGGGUCGUUUUACGAACAUGAUGUUGUUGCUGGGGUGGUUGUACUAUGUGGUUUUGGUGACACAGUCAAUUGUAUAUGAAAAAGAGCAGAAGCUAAAGGAGAUGAUGAAAAUAGCUGGUUUGAAUAACCUAGUGCAUUGGGUUGCGUGGUUUAUAACUGGUUUUGUUGAGAUGACAGUCAGCACCACACUCCUGGUUUUUAUAUUGAAAUACGGCCGCGUGUUUGCCUAUACCGAUGCUUUCCUGUUUUGGUUGUAUAAUAUGCUCUAUGCUGUCUGCACUUUGCUAUUUUGUUUUGUAGUCAGUGUCUUCUUCUCGAAAGCUAAGUUAGGAGCAGCUUGUGCUGGCAUCAUCUAUCUGCUCUGCAACAUACCAUUUUGGUUUAUCCAAGACCAAGAAAACUCAGCUUUCAAAACGGUGUCGCGAUUACAAAAGAUUAUCUCGUGCCUUGCAUCUCCAUCUGCCUAUGGUCUUGGUUUGCGUUAUGCUCACUUUUACGAGAGACAAGCUAUAGGUCUACAAUGGUCGAAUGUUAAUGAACCCUGGCCCCCUUUCAAUGAAGACUUGACAAUGGCCGAUGUUAUGCUUAUAAUGUUUUGUGAUUGCAUAAUGUAUAUAAUAUUAAUAUGGUAUAUAGAGGCUGUAUUUCCAGGUAAUUAUGGUGUACCCAAGGCAUGGUAUUUUCCCGUACAGAAACCUUAUCACUACAUUAAGUCGCUGUGUACGUGUAGAACAAGCAAAAACUCUUACAAUCUGCCAAGAAAUCUCAGAUCUGCUGAUUUUUGUCAAGGUAAUGCAGGACGUAAAGUGCUAUUGGAAGGUGAACCGCUUGGCUGUAAAUUGGGUAUACAUAUUGACAAUAUAGUUAAGGUUUACAAACAAGGCAAAGUGCGAGCAGUAAAUAAUCUCAAUUUAAAUCUUUAUGAAGGUCAGAUCACUGCCUUACUAGGUCACAAUGGUGCUGGCAAAACAACAAUAAUGUCAAUAUUAACAGGUUUUAUACCUCCUACUUCUGGUGUUGCAACUGUUAAUGGAUAUGACAUUAUAGAAGACAUGGCCAACAUUCGUCAAAACCUUGGUGUUUGUUUGCAAUAUAAUGCCCUCUUUGACAAAUUGACUGUUGAAGAACAUUUAUGGUUUUUUUCGCAAUUAAAAGGAUACUCGCUGACUCAAUUACGUAUCACUAUGCACAGGUUGCUGACAGACACAGGACUGAUGCAUAAGAGACAUUCCACUGUCACUCAGCUGUCUGGAGGAAUGAAACGCAAACUAUCUGUGGCCAUUGCAUUCACAGGAGGCUCAAAGACUGUGAUACUAGAUGAACCAACAGCAGGGGUGGAUCCAUAUGCUAGAAGAGCCAUCUGGGAUUUACUACUCAAAAAUAAACAAGAUUGUACAAUAUUGUUAUCAACACAUCACAUGGAUGAAGCAAGUCUUCUUGGAGAUAGAAUCGCUAUCAUAUCGAGUGGUCAGCUGCAGUGUUGUGGAUCCCCGCAUUAUCUCAAACAAAUGUAUGGAGAUGGGUAUAAACUAAUAGUCACUAAAAAAGGUUUCAAUGAACUUAAUGGUGCAUCAUCAGAGGAUCCAUUGUCGUCACGGUUACCGUCUACACCCUCAUCCCCAUCAUUAUCUGCAUCUUUCUCUGCAUCCACCAUGGUGACGUCAUUUAUACGCAAACAUAUCCCGUCGGCUACUUUACAUUCCGAAAAGAACAAUGUUUUGGUUUACACCAUGCCCAAAGAAAACACCAAAAAAUCCCAGUUUAUUGAUCUUUUUGAAGGUUUGUCGAGAAAUCAACUUUCGCUUGAGAUUUCUUCCUACGAAGUCACAGAGUCAACACUCGAACAGAUAUUCCUGAAAGUCACACAAGGUAUCAAAGCUGACAAAGUGGAAUCGCGGCAGAAGUCACAUGGAAUCCAUCUUACUUUAACCAGGGUUGUAGGCCAGUUACUAAAAAGACUACAUUACAUGAAACGCGAUAUAAAAAUAUUAGUAUCUCAGUUACUUAUGCCAGUUGUGUUUCUCCUUUUGGCCAUUUGGGGCGCUAUCUCUAUCAGCGUGGAUCCGGGGAAGGCGUUUUCCAUGGAACUAAACUCUGAAAUUUUCAAAGCUGAUACAUUUUAUGUUCCUUAUACGGACCAGAGCUGGACUUGUCUGCGUAACAACGAUCAGUGCCCGGACUCACAAGAGAUUCUGGAUACACAGAAGUUAAUCCGGACACUCCUAUUUAAAGCAGGACUGGGCGCCUCGUACACUGUGCUUUCUAACGAUAAUAAUACUACUUUAGAUUUAUUUAAUCAGAGCAGCAGUAUCUGGGUCGGAAAUCUGACAGAAAAACUUGACCUUGUAGUAAAUUAUUCAUUGUCUAUCAACCAUAAUCGGGAUAAUGUUUCUGAGGCCAUUGAAGGAUAUGCCCUUCCUGUGGAAUAUUUAUAUGGCACACCAUACACGGAAUAUGACAUGGAUUGUGAAUGUAGAGAAGAUAAUACUGGUUUAGACUGUCCGGAAAGCAUUGCCAAACCAGAUGUUGCUCAAGUGCAAGUACCAAGUGGUGAAAUUCUAUUGGAUAUAAGUGGUAGAAACUUUACACAGUAUCUGAUCAAUACUUACAGGGAGUUUCAUCUUAAUAGAUAUGGUGCUUUGUCAUUUGGUAGUGUCAGGGAGUUUGUACCUCGUGAAUAUAAAAUGAAUAUUUCCAAGGAGUUUCACAAACUGAUUGCCAGAAAUGUUGCUGUGGCAUGGUACAACGAGUAUAGCUAUCUCUCCCGUUACAUCUAUGUGAAUAUAUUAAAUAAUGCUAUACUGAGGGCAAACAUAGAUCCCAUGGUGCACGGCAACCCUUCUAAGUUUGGCAUUACUACCAUAGAUGAACCAAUGCAGACUGAACUUCAACUUGUACAGGAUUUUUUGACAAGCUAUGUGUAUUUGAAAGUAGCCGUGUUGAUAUUAGUGGGUAUGUCUUUCAUUCCGGCUAGUGUGGUUAUGUUUGUAAUCAUGGAGAGGUCAAGCAAAGCUAAACUACUACAGUUUAUCAGCGGCGUAAGCCCUUUAAAUUACUGGAUAUCCAAUUAUAUCUGGGAUAUGUUGUCAUAUUUCCUGCCAGUGCUCUGUUGUGUUGUUAUACUUCAAAUAUUUUAUGUUCCUGCAUUCUCAUCAUCAGAAAACUUAGCACCGUUUAUUAUCCUCUUUAUAAUGUUUGGAUGGUCCAUAAUACCAAUGAUGUACUUGGCAUCGUUCUUAUUUACAUUAGCAAGCAAAGGUUAUGUUUGUUUGCUUGUAUUUAAUUUAUUUGUUGGUAUCACUACAACUAAUGUCAUCUAUGUAAUGCAGCAUCUAGCUGGUAGUGAGGCUCUCAAAGCAGCUGCAGUUCAGAUUGAUAAAGUCUUUGUCUUGUUUCCCAAUUACUGUCUUGGUCAUGGAAUCCAUGAAAUGGCUUAUCACCACAUUCUCAACACCUUCUACAAGAAAAUAGGUGCACCUGAAUUGGCUUCCCAUCCACUAGAAUGGCAUGUGCUAUCCCGCAUGUUUGUUGUCAUGGCGAUUGAAGGGUGUUUGUUCUUCACCCUGACCCUCCUAUGUGAAUAUGGAUUCUUUACAAGGUCUUGUCAAGUUAAGAAGCUAUCAGCAAAGUAUGAUUCCGUGCUGAAACAAGAUGCUAAUGUUGCUGAUGAGAAACAAAGAGUCUUCAAUGAAACUAAUGAUGUACUUAGAUUGCUGAAUAUAUCAAAAGUUUAUAAAGGUAGCAACUCACGAAAGUUUGUGGCUGUUGAUAGACUGUAUCUGGGAGUUCCCCGUGGCCAGUGUUUUGGACUUCUAGGUGUGAAUGGUGCUGGAAAGACCUCACUGUUCCGAAUGUUGACUGGAGAUGCAACCAUAACAACAGGGGAUGCUUAUGUCCAUGGUUACAGCAUAUCCAAGCAAUGUAGUGAAGUCUAUGAGCAUAUAGGAUAUUGUCCGCAAUUUGACGCUCUUUUUGAUAAAUUAACACCAAGAGAACAUUUAUUUUUAUACGCAAGAUUACGGGGUGUACCAAGAAACCAUAGAAAACAGAUGGUAAAAAUGUUGUUGGAAAAACUGGGUUUACAGCCAUAUGCUGACAGGACGUCAAAUACACUGAGUGGAGGAAACAAGCGUAAACUAUCAACUGCAAUUGCUUUAACGGGUAAUCCUUCUGUUCUCUUCAUGGAUGAACCAACUACUGGUAUGGACCCGCAGUCUAAGCGUUUCUUGUGGAGUGUUAUUCUAGAAGUUAUACAGACUGGAAGAUCAGUAGUAUUGACAUCUCAUAGUAUGGAGGAGUGUGAACAUCUUUGUAGUCGACUCGCUAUUAUGGUGAAUGGCCGACUACAAUGUCUUGGUACUUUGCAACAUAUCAAAAAUACGUAUGGCAAUGGGUACACUGUGACUGUUAUUCUAAAGAAUGAAAGACCACAUUUACAGUAUAUUAUAGAAGAUUUUCGAAAUAAAUUCCCGCAAGCGAUUUGUAAGGACCAGCGUUUCAAUAUGGUAGAAUUUGAAUUAAACGUGAAGAAUUUAUCUUUAAGUCAUGUUUUUUCACAUCUUGAAUUGAUGAAAAAAAGAUUGUAUAUAGAAGACUAUUCAGUGAGACAGACUACUUUGGAUGAUGUUUUUGUGAACUUUGCAAAGAAGCAGAAAUUCUCAUCUUCAAAUCCAAGGAACCCAGAGGGCAUCCAAAGUGGAAUGCAUGCUGAAUCUGACAACCUGUUAGUGGAUCAGGACCAUGUAACAGUGCAGUACAGGGGAGCAGCGGAGUCCGUAGCUUUUGCUGAACAGCUGAAUGAUUCAUCAUGUAUACCAGAGUCACCAUGGAUACAACGAGAUGAAGUAGCAGUCGUUGAUGAGGAUCCAUAUGAACAAGAUCUAUUGCGUGCCCUUGAAAAGCUUUCAUGUUUACCAGAAUCACUUGUUUGA